AUGAGCGACGGUGCGAUGCGCCCGUGGUUUCUUCGCGACGAGGAUAGGCGCAGGAGCCUCGUAUACGGCGUGGGUGCGGUCGCUUUCGCCCUCUUGGGGUUGGUCGUGACUACUGGUUCGAGGACGGAGUAUAAGGUGGUUGCGUACAAGCCAAGUCUUUAUGAACACGUCGGGUCGCAUCAAGUCAAAGCCCACUAUGACAUUUACCCGGAUACACAUGACAUUCACCAGGCAGAUCACCCUUCUGAGGAUCCUGCAGAUCCUGAAGAGGAACUAGUUUACAAAUAUAAUGGUAAGCAUGUUUCUUCAGCAAACGAGAAUCGGAUUCGGGCACUGUACUCGCCAUCAGGCUCGUCCUUCAUAGAUGUGGUCAAACGGGAAGGUGUGGACGACGCUACCAUUUUCGAGACGUGUCUGUAUCCAACAGUGACAGCUGAAUUCAGGACGUACUACGGCCACGAUCUGACAAUCGAACCAGAUACGACGAGCAAGGAUCUAGGGAAGCCGGUGAACCAAGUCGAAGCACACCAAUUUGGUUGCGUGUGGGAGAAGUUGUUGAAUAAACUAGCGGAGUCGAACUGGAAAUUCGUCACGUCCGAAACGAUUAUGACUGAAAAGACGUUCUAUGAGAUGCAUAUGAUUACGUUCUCACGAAAAAAGACUACGUAA